CUUUGAUUACGGACAGACAUGUAUGGAUAUCCCCACAUACCCGCAUGUAGACACGUGUACACACACACACGGUCUCACACUCACAUAAGACACAGACACAGACAUAUACGCUAUCAGUGAUCUUACGUAAUUCAGUAAAGUACGUCUCGUAGAUAUAAAAUUGAUCAAUUCUGCCACCCUCAUCAGAUAUAAACAACUCGAGAUAUAAACAACAUUGAUAUAAGACGUACUGUUAUAACUGUAUAAAGAGAUAGACACUAUCUUAAAUAAGUCUCUAUGAAAUGCAUUUGCAGAUAACAGAAAAAAUAAAAGUUAAGAAUACUUAGUCUCACAGAAUGCUCUUGAUGGAAUAUUUGACAUUCAUCGCAGACUAAAAGUAGAUAUUUUGAAAUACGAAUUACUAAUGACUCCAUGAAGGUAAUUAGAUAUAUAGCCAUAUAAUUAUAGAUGAAUCAUUUCUACGCACCUAAAGUAAAAUUAGGACAAGCAUAGAAUUUAUUUUUUACCCAAACAAAGCAAUGGAGAAAAUGUAUGUAUACAUUUACAAAAAAUAAAAUAAAGUAUACUCUAGAUCAGAGAAAAAAAAAACAUACCAUAGAAAAUACGUAUAAGAAAUUCCGUACCUAAAACAAAAACAACCAGAAACCACAUAUUUCGCCCAAAUCGAUAACAUUAAAUAAAAUCCAAAUAAAAUAAAUAUAAUUACAAAUACCCACCACCACAACAACACCAGAAAAAAAACAUUAAUAAAAAAUAUAAUAGAUUAGGUCCGUAGUCCCCUCCCCUCAGCUGACUCACGGGGUGUUGUUGUUGUUGUGGCUGCGAGGGAGGAAAAUCGUGUCCUUUUUUCCCUUCUUUUCCUCUCUGGAGUUGGAACUUAGGCCAGACGAUGAGCGGCAUGUCCCGGAAACGCAGCCACGCAGAGGCCCUGGUGCCGGCCGUCGACACCAGCAAAGAGUUCAGCCUCGCUCCCGUGGCCCCCCCACUCAAGAAACCAACGAAAGGCGAGAAAAAUUCGUCCGCCAGAAUGAGGGGUUCCCAUCACCAGGCCCUGGGUGGCAAAGCAACUCGGCUAGGGGGUAAGGCGAAACGUCAUCCCACCGCAGAAAAACUAGACAAGUUUGCGCUGAUGGCGACGAUUUGCAAACCUGCACCCUUUACAAACGACGAGGAGGCGAUCCGCGACAGAGAAGCCUGCGACUACACACAACGAAUCACCCUAGAGAUGGCGAGGGCAGGCACAGCUCCCCGGCCCAUUAGGGUCUAUGCAGAUGGAAUCUACGACCUCUUCCACCAGGGCCACGCAAGGCAGCUCAUGCAGGCCAAGAAUUUGUUCCCCAAUGUAUACCUCAUUGUUGGAGUGUGCAGUGACGCCCUAACCCACAGUCGAAAGGGCCGUACAGUUAUGUCUGAAGAUGAGAGAUACGAGGCCGUUCGCCACUGCCGUUAUGUAGAUGAGGUGGUGCCAGAUGCCCCUUGGAGCUUAGAUGACGAAUUCUUGGAUAAACACAAGAUUGAUUUUGUGGCUCAUGACGAUAUUCCGUACACAACUGGCAGCGCUACCGAUGUGUAUGCGCACAUCAAAGAACGAGGCAUGUUUGUCACAACGGAACGAACAGAAGGGGUGUCCACUAGUGACGUAGUAUCAAGGAUUGUUAAGGAUUAUGACGUUUAUGUCAGAAGAAAUUUAGCUCGAGGAUACAGUGCAAAGGAUCUUAAUGUAUCGUAUAUUAAUGAGAAGAAGUACCGGCUACAGAACAAGAUUGACGACCUCAAGAAGAAGGGCAAGGAAAUGUUCGAGGAUAUUGAAGGCAAGAAGACUGACCUCAUCAGCAAGUGGGAGGAGAAGAGCAGAGAGUUCAUCGACACCUUCCUCAUGCUCUUUGGCCGCGACGGGAGGCUCACCCAGUACCUCACCGAGAAGAAGGACUCGGUCAUGAGUGCCCUGUCCCCCCCCUCAUCCCCCAAGGCCAUCAGCCAGUCCUCCGAAGAUUGUAACAGCCCUCCAGCCAAGUCCACCAAGUUUGACUUCUCGCUGCGCGGCGGUGGAUCGCUGGUGGAUGACGAUUACUCUGACGACGAGUACGAACCUGCGUCCAUGUGAGAACUGCCUUCUCCCCAUUUUCGAGGCCCAGCACGGCCCCAGGCAGCCAGCCCAGUACACCACCGAUCCCAGAACCAGUACUGUUGCAUCGUCUCGCAGAUUGUGAAAGCACUUAAGAAAUGUUACGACUUGAUUUCCCGGUAUUUCAGUGACCUAAGGAAGUGAAGUGAAUUAGUAUCUUUUCUGUCAGUCUUUUUUUUUGGAUUUUCCUUCUUUUUUUGAUUAUCCUUCUU